CUCCCGCCGCCCGCCGCUCCCCGCCGCGCCCCGCCGCCCUCCCGCUCCUGCUGCUCCUGCUCCUGGCCGGGCCGCUCGGCGGGGCCCGCGCUUUGACAUGUCUGUGCUCUGACUGCAAACAAGCCAACUCCACGUGUGAGACAGACGGUGCCUGCAUGGUCUCAGUAUUCAACCUGGAUGGUGUCAAACACCACGUUCGGACCUGCAUUCCUGAGGCAAAAUUGAUUCCUGCUGGGAAACCCUUCUAUUGUCUGAGUUCAGAGGAUCUGCGUAAUACUCACUGCUGCUACUCCGAUUUUUGCAACAAAAUUGAUUUAAUGGUUCCCAGUGGCCACCUGAAAGACAACGAGCCCCCGUCAAGCUGGGGUCCCGUGGAGCUGGUGGCGGUGAUUGCCGGGCCCGUGUUCCUCGUGUUUGUUGUCAUGAUCAUCGUGGUCUUCGUGUUCCAUCACCACCAACGGGUCUAUCACAACCGCCAGCGGCUGGACAUGGAAGAUCCUUCUUGUGAAAUGUGCCUUUCCAAGGACAAGACCUUGCAGGAUCUGGUCUAUGAUCUCUCCACCUCCGGCUCUGGCUCAGGCUUGCCUCUGUUUGUCCAGCGGACCGUGGCUCGGACAAUUGUCCUUCAGGAGAUCAUCGGCAAAGGCCGCUUCGGGGAGGUGUGGCGGGGCAGGUGGCGUGGAGGUGACGUGGCUGUGAAGAUCUUCUCGUCUCGUGAGGAGCGUUCCUGGUUCAGGGAGGCAGAGAUCUACCAAACCGUGAUGCUGCGGCACGAGAACAUCCUGGGAUUCAUUGCUGCAGAUAACAAAGAUAAUGGGACAUGGACUCAGCUGUGGCUCGUCUCUGACUACCACGAGCACGGGUCUCUCUUUGACUACCUGAAUCGCUACACGGUGACUAUCGAGGGCAUGAUCAAGCUCGCCCUGUCUGCUGCCAGCGGGCUGGCCCACCUGCAUAUGGAGAUCGUGGGCACUCAGGGAAAACCUGGGAUCGCUCACAGAGACCUGAAAUCCAAGAAUAUUUUGGUGAAGAAGAACGGCACGUGUGCCAUCGCUGACCUCGGCCUGGCCGUCCGGCACGACUCCGUCACAGACACGAUCGACAUCGCACCGAACCAAAGGGUUGGAACCAAACGAUACAUGGCCCCAGAAGUCCUGGAUGAAACCAUCAACAUGAAGCAUUUUGAUUCGUUUAAAUGUGCUGAUAUCUACGCCUUGGGCUUGGUCUACUGGGAGAUUGCCCGAAGGUGCAACGCAGGAGGUAUCCAUGAGGAGUAUCAGCUUCCCUACUAUGACCUUGUACCCUCUGAUCCUUCAAUUGAGGAGAUGCGGAAGGUUGUGUGUGACCAGAAAUUACGGCCAAACAUCCCAAACUGGUGGCAGAGCUACGAGGCACUACGGGUGAUGGGCAAGAUGAUGCGAGAGUGCUGGUACGCCAACGGAGCAGCUCGGCUCACUGCCCUCCGCAUUAAGAAAACCCUCUCCCAGCUCAGCGUCCAGGAAGAUGUGAAAAUUUAGGCUCUGAGCCUCAGCAGGAGGAAACUGCACAGGAGAUGCUGUGCUAGAGUAGAUAUGUGAUGGAGGCCUACCUCGUGUUUCAGCCCAACCUACUGCUACAACCAGACAGCGGGACCUGCAGGCUGCUAGGCAGGGGGACGGAGCCUACGGAACCGCUCUCUUCCCUGCUUGGGUAUGAAACAAUCCAAAACCUUUUUGUGAUCACCUCCUGAGAGCGUGGAGACUUGAGAGGGACUUCACCCGAGGGAUCUCAGCCAUGAUCGUAACUUUUUGUUCCUGUAAAGGAAAUCCCUGUAAAGUUCAGUGUGCGUUGAGCACCCGUCGGUGGGGCCGGAGCCAGCCCCGGGUGCUUGGUGCCGGGAGCAGGAAGGGAAAGGGAAGGUUUUCUUGCCGUACUCUCGAGGAUUUUUCCAGGGACUGGCACGUUAAUGCAGAAAAAGCAAAACAAAUGGUGCUCUCUUCCAAGAGGCUGAGCCGGAACAGUUGAUCAGCUUCACAAAACCGUUCUCCCUCCUUUUCUUAAGCUUGAAAAAGUCCAAGUGAGCGCCCUGACGGCCGUCGGGGCGCGCCGGUGUCUGCAUGCGCAAGGUGCGCGUGUCCCCGUGCCUGGUCAUCUCCUCCAUAGCCGUGCGGUGUCUGCCUGUGGGUGGCUCAUCUCUGUCCGUGCUUCCUGUGCAUGUGCAAAUCUCGAGUGUCCCGUGUGUGAGCUGUUGCGCUGGUGCUCUCCGUGCUGAGUCGUGAGCGUCGUGGAGCUUGGACAGGCUGCUGACCCCGCCGCCGGCUGCCACAACGUCCCAUCAGGUUGCCUCACUGCCACCCUUUCCCUUUUUUAAGAUGAAACAAAUAAGGAACUGAGAAUCACUCCUGGAAUCCAGGUUUUUUGUCCUGAGCCCCUGGGGUUUGUAAUUUGGGGUAGUGGGGAGCUGAUUGUGUCAGAGGUGGAGCAGGCGCUGUGGCUGGCACGUGGGGAAAUGCAGGACUCGGUUCUCCUGGGAACACAAUUCCCAGCUCCUGCACCCCGGCAGGUCUCUGGGGGCCUGAUGAUGCAGUGCUGCAGGCUGGGGACAGAGUGGCUGGACAGUGGCCAGGCAGAAAUGGACCUGGGGGUACUGGUUGGCAGCUGACUCAACAUGAGCCAGCAGUGUGCCCUGCUGGCUGAGAAGGCCAGUGGCUCCUGGCCUGGGUCAGGAAUAGUGUGGCCAGCAGGAGCAGAGAGGUCAUCUCUGUACUCAGCACUGGUUGGGCAGCACCUCGAGUGCUGUGCCCAGUUCUGGACCCUCAGUUUAGGAAGGACACUGAGGGCCUGGAGCAUCCAAAGAGGCUGGUGCCCUGUGAGGAAUGACUGAGGGAGCUGGAGUUGUUUAGCCUGGAAAAAGGGAGGCUCAGGGGAGACCUUAUCACUCUCUCCAACUCCCUGCAAGGUGGUUGUAGCCAGGUGAGGGGUUGGUCUCUGCUCCUAGACAACCGCUGACAGAACAAGAGGACACAGCCUUAAGCUGCCCCAGGGGAAGUUUAGGUUGGACAUGAGAAGAAAUUCCUUCACUGAAAGAGGGACUGGAUGCUGGAAUCGUCUGCCCAGGGAGGUGCAGGAGUCACUGUCCCUGGACAUGUCUGAAAAUGACUGGUCAUGGCACUCGGUGCCGUGGUUUAGUUGAUGAGGAGGUGUUAGGUUAGGUCAUAGGUUGGACUUGAUGAUCUCACCGGUCUUUUCCAACCUGGCUCAUUCUGUGAUUCUGUGAUCUGAGUGCUGGGGGUGCUCUGCACCUCCCAGAGGUGCUGGGCAGGAUCUGGCAGCAGGUGUGGGCUGGGAAAUCAACAUCCAUCUUUUUAAUAUAGGUGUAUAAAUAUCUCCUAAUGUGGAAGUGGCUGUGUCUCAGUGUGGGGUGGGGGGAUCUGCAUGGGUUUUCUUUUGAUUCAAUGCCGAAUCCAGGUGAGGGAGAGGUGGGGUGACUGCAGAGACUCUGGAAGUGAGGGCUGUGGCUGCCCUGAUGACUUUGGCAGUCAGGAAGAGCCGUGGUGUGGAGGUCAGUGUCUGUAGUAGAGAACUCUGAAGCCAUAACUUUUAACUGGAGUGGUUUUGAUUAUUAUUUUUUUAAUUAUUAUUGUUAUUAUUAUUAUUGUUGUUGUUGUUUUCUGGGAGGGUCUGGAUUUUAACUUUUUUGAAUAUUGUUAAUUCUUUCUAAGAGCAGAAAAACAAUCUCUAAUUAUUACCUCUUGACCUGUUGGUUUGUAAAGAAAUCACUGAAAAAAAAAAAAAAAGAGAAACAACCAAAUGCACAGCUUGAUUUACACUGGAACUGUUUCUACUCUGACCUUGCUCCUGCUCUCUAAGGUGAGGUUUCAUCUCUGCUCUGGCUGCCAGGGUUGUUUUUAUUUCAGUCCCUCUGUUCUUGCUGUCUGUGUCCCUGUCCAUGUGUCCCUCUCUCCUGAUUCCCUGUGUGUCCGUGACCUUGUACAGAGUGAGGAAUGUGGUUUUUGAAUCAUGGUAGGAGCCGUUUUGCAUCCCCCGAGGAGUUUUUGGCAGCGUGGAUCUGCUGUGGGAGCAGGGAUGGGGAUCCCCUGUCCCUUCCCAGCUUGUCCUGAGUCACAUCUCAGCCAGAAGUUCCCACAUGCACGUGUCCCUUAAACCUGCAUUUAGAGGGGGGCACUUGCAAGCCCUAAAAGCAGAUUUCACCCAGUUAAAACUGUCAGAAGCCAAGGGGGGCACUUGCAAGCCCUAAAAGCAGAUUUCACCCAGUUAAAACUGUCAGAAGCCAAGGGGGGCACUUGCAAGCCCUAAAAGCAGAUUUCACCCAGUUAAAACUGUCAGAAGCCAAGGGGGGCACUUGCAAGCCCUAAAUGCAGAUUUCACCCAGUUAAAACUGUCAGAAGCCAAGGAGGGCACUUGCAAGCCCUAAAUGCAGAUUUCACCCAGUUAAAACUGUCAGAAGCCAAGGAGGGCACUUGCAAGCCCCGAGGAACUCCCAGGCCGUUGGAACAGGAGCUGGGGCAGCCAGGGGGGCCGUGGCACAGCUCUGGGUACUUGAGGCUCUCCCUGGCUCCCCCAUCCCGGUGCCCACGGGCGGCUCGGGAACUCGCACUGAACUCGCCCCCUCCAACUGUAGCCACACUGCACCUGCCUCAGCGCCAAACCAAACAGGGGUGGGCAAGGGAUGAGGCCAGGGCACGUCCCUAGCAGCAGGAUUUUAGAGAUGGGGAAAAGCCAGCGGGAGGAACGCUGACCAUGUAGCAUUUACACAGCACUUUUCAUGCAAACCGGUGCCCGGGGGCGCCAGUGCUUGCCGAGCUGCCGGGGGAAUCGCUGCCUGCCUCCAAAAGUUGCAGCAGCUCUGGGAAAAAGCAGCAUUCGAGGCAGUUCCGAGGGGAGCCCGGUGCAGGACAAGGAGGGGGGGGUCCAUCAGCGGUACGUGGCUGCAGGACAGAACUCUUGGUACUUCUCUGCCCCUUUGAUUUGUUUGGUUUUGUACAUUUUCUUAGCAAAGGACUGUAAGAAAAUAGCCACUUAGCCACUUUACCUCUUCAGUAUGCAAAUGUACAUACGGUGUAAGAUAGGAAAUCUUUUGUUUAAUAUAAAACCAGGCUGUCGAUUUCUGCUGUACAUUAUUAAAAGUUUGUUUUAUUCA